UCAAGGUGCGGGCGGGGGGCGAGGGGGGUGGCGGUGGCACGGGGGCGCAGGGCGCACCGGUGAUGGUGGCUCCCCUCGGAGCGCUGGCGACCCCCUGAGAGAGCCACAGAGAGAGCGAGACCCCCGCCACCCACCCCCAGCAGCCCCCAGCCCCUCCCCGGCCCGGGUGGAUGCGGCCCGGGGUGUCUGGCUGCCAGCGCGGAGCGAGCAGAUGCUGGGGGGCCGGAGGAGGAUGGAGUGCGCCCUGGACGCCCAGAGCCUGAUCAGCCUCUCCCUGCGCAAGAUCCACAGCUCCCGCACCCAGCGCGGGGGCAUCAAGCUCCACAAGAACCUGCUGGUCUCCUACGUGCUCCGCAACGCCCGGCAGCUCUACCUGAGCGAGCGCUACGCCGAGCUCUACCGCCGCCAGCAGCACUACCAGGAGGGCGGCCUCCUGCUCGCGGCGCCCCCGGGCUGCGCGCCCGCCGGAGAGAUCCCCCCGGAGUUCAGCCCGCUUCAGCUGGCGGCCGAGCCCGAGGACCCGGAGCCGGGCAUGCAGCAGCCGCGGAGCUGCGGGCUGGGCGGCGCGGCUGGGGGAGCCCUGGGAAGAGGCGGCGGCGACCUGCUGGAGGUGCCCGUGUGCGCUGCGCUCCUGCCCGGUGCGCCCCAGGAGGACGAGCCGCUGGAGCUGCAGCCUAGCCCGCCCCAGCAGCCGCAGCCGGCGGCCCCUUCGGCGCUUCGCAGAGACUCUUCCCCCGGCUUCUACCGGGGCGGCGGCAGCAGCGCUUCUCCGGGGCUGCUCUACCCGGUGCCGGCGAGCUGUGACUUCGGCAGCCCGGCGCCUCCAGGCUCGGCCAUGAGCGCAGCGAGCGGCGGCGCCUCGGCGCAUUGUAGCAGCCGCACCACGGUGCUGGACCUGGACACCCAUGUGGUGACCACGGUGGAGAACGGCUACCUGCACCAGGACUGCUGCUCGCAGUGCCCGUGCUGCUGCCAGGGCGCCGCGGGACUCGGCGCCCCGCCGCCUACCCCGGGCACCAAGCGCAAGUACUACCCGGGGCAGGAGGACGAGGAGGACGGGGACCCGGGAGGGGUGGCGGUGGGGGGCGGCUCCCCCUUCUCCCCUUGCAGCAAGCGAGCCCGCUUCGAGGACUUCAGCCCCGAGCAGCCCCCGGACUCUUCCAACAUCUCCAACUUGAUCUCCAUCUUCGGCUCCGGCUUCACGGGGCUGGUGAGCCGGCAGCAGGCGGACUGUGAGCAGCCCCUCAACGGGCAGCUGUGCGGCAAGCAGGCGCUGGCCAGCCUGGGAGCCUGGACUCGAGCCAUCGUGGCGUUCUAGGGGCGGGGAUGGACGCGGGGGGGAGCGAUCCCAGGGACACGGACUCCGGAGGGGCCCCUGAAACAAAGAGGGGCGGGCGGGGGAGGGGAAGCCGAGCUCAUGUUUUCUAAACUGUACAAUAAAAAUCGCAGAUCUUGGGACUUUAUUUUUGCAGAGAUGAAAAGCACCUAUUUAACUAUUCCGUGUGUCCGCUCGGGCUUUAUUUUGUAUUGAGUGCGGGGGCGACGCGAGCCCGGGAGCCUGCCACGUGAGGCGAGGGCUGCUGCCCGGGGGAAGCCGU